AUGCCCCCGAUGGCGUCCACCGUCCUCAACAACGCGCCUCGGCAACCCGAGCCCCAAACAUCACCCCUACUACUCCUACCCAGCACAAUCUUCCACCGAAUCUUCCUCGACAGCGGCAUCCCGACUUACACCCUCUGGGCAUACCGCACCGUCUGCAAACGCCUCGCCGAAGACGACCACAUCCACAAGCACCUCCUCGCACACCUCCGCGAGAUCACCACCCCGUUCCCCCGGACCCUCAUCCUCGAACCGGCCCCCGUCCCCGUCGGCUUCCUGUACAACAUCGUCCUCGCCCUCCUGGGCCACGACCACGGCCGCGCGUUCUGGCACGGCGUCUUCCAGCAGGCCAGCCCGGGCGACGUGCCCUCGUCCCCGCUCUCGCCCUUCGUGCCCGCCGCGAUCGACCACGACGCCGCCAUGUUCUGCCUCCUCAACCGCCUCCGCAGGGAGCACGCGGAGAUCCGGGAGGCGCACUUCUGGAGCUUCCUGACCUGGUACAGGGAGCGCGGGGUCCUCUCGCUGCGCGAUCCCGCGGAUCCGUUGUGGCGGCGGCGGCGGCGAGAUCGCCUCGAGCACGCUUUCAGGCAGGAGAGCGCUGAGGUGCUGGACUUGAGCAGAGUCCCUCACUUGGCAGGGCUUUGGCAGGGCAUGGAGCUCGACUUGAACUGGGACAAGCCGUCGCUGCGGGCCGUUACGUAUUUGACGCGAGAGUCGUAUGAUAUAGAGGCGAGCUGCACAGGUUGGCCUUUUGGGUGGGUUGAGGGGACUUCAACGGAUCACGUAGCUUCGUGGCAAUUCCAGGGGUGA